CGGACAAGCCAAAAAAUGGCCGCGGCCGUUCAGGGCUCACGUGUGAGCCGAGCGGAAAAGCUUAAAAGUUCUCCGAAGAAGAAGAAAAAGGUGAAGAUGGUAGCCAAGGCUGCAAUGUCGAAGCGAGAAGACGAGGUCAAAGACUCUCCCGAUGCAGAAGGAAGCUGUGAAUCAGAGAUGGACUACUCAGAUGAUGGAGCUGUAGAAGCAGACAGCGAGGACAAUGUUGAAUCCUGUGAGGAAGAAAAUGACGCCACAGAGUCAAGUGCCGGGACUAAUUUGGGCUGGGCAGAUGCCAUGGCAAAAAUCCUUAACAAAAAGACUCCUAAAAGCAAAGCCACCAUCCUCACCAAGAACAGGGCGCUGGAGAAGGAGAAGGAGAAGCUAAAGCAGGAGAAGCUGGAGAAGAGGAAGCAGCUUGAUAAGAAGCGGGAGUGGGAAAUGCUGUGCCGAGUGAAGCCAGACGUUGUCAAAGACAAAGAGACAGAGAGGAGCCUUCAGAGGAUUGCUACGAGGGGUGUGGUGCAGCUCUUCAAUGCUGUUCAGAAGCACCAAAGGAAUGUUGGCGAAAAGGUCAAGGAAGCAGGAGGCUCCAUGCGGAAGCGGGCUAAGCUGAUGGCGACUGUUUCCAAGAAAGAUUUCAUCAGUGUCCUUCGAGGAAUGGAUGAUACCAGUGAGAACAGUGCUGCGGGGAAGAACCCCAAAGCCAGACAGACUGAAGUGAAAUCAGAAGAGAGCCCAGGGUGGAAGAUUCUGCGAGAUGAUUUCAUGAUGGGAGCCAGCAUGAAGGACUGGGACAAGGAGAGCGAGGGCGAGGAGCCUGCUGGUGGCGGGGUAGGGUCGGCCAGCCACUGAGCAGGCAGCCAGGAGCAUCCAGCUCUGCUGCAAACAGCCCUGAUGCUGGGAGCCUGGAUGCUCUGCUGCAAACAGCCCUGAUGCUGGGGGCCUGGAUCCUCUGCUGCAAACAGCCCUGAUGCUGGGGGCCUGGAGGCUCUGCUGAAUGCCGGGACUUCCUGACAACCUGUGCUCUAGGACUCCUCAUGUGCAGACUGUAUUAAAGUUGUAUUUUUAUUUCUUACAUAAAUUUAAGCUGUUUUUCCAAAAUAUUUGUACAAAGAAAUAUUUUUUUCCCUGAGCAGUAAGAUAUGCAUUUUUCUAGGAUCCUUUCCUGUGGACACAUGCUAAUCAUACACCAGUGUUUCUAAAACACGGUCCCAUUUAUAAUUAAAAUGAAUCUGAUAUAAGA